AUGAGCAGCGCAGAACUGCGGUCGCAAGACGUCGUGAGAGUGCUUACGAAUGAGCACAUCAAGAGACAACGAAACACGACGACAUUGGUGAAGACUGAAGAAGCGACCAAGGCCUUCAGCACGAGCGUGAAUUCCGUCAAUAGGGAAGAAGACCGAGGAGAUCGACGCAGCGGCAACAAGGGCCGUGCCAUUGGGCUCGUGGACGCGGAGCAAAUCAAGUCCAAUGGCACGGCUACAACGGCAACGGCAACAACUAAGACCAUGAUCGAGUGGCGUUUGCUGUUUCGCUGGAAUGCGAGCUUUCGACAGCCAAGACCAUGGUGGAAAUGUGGGCGAUUUACAGCAGCAACGCACCACAUCUUCAAUGAAAAGUCCAAGUUUGAAGUUCUGGACGAGCGCAAUGAAGGUGAUGUGCUGGUUGCAGACGGAAACAAGGCUGCGAUCAAUAGAGUUGGGACUAUCGUCGAAAAGGUGGUCCUACCAAACGGUGAAGAGCGCGAAGUUGAAAUCGAGGAUGCACUUAAUGUCUCAAGCAUGAACAAGAACCUACUGUCGAUACCCCAGAUUAACAAAAGCGGCAAGUUCUGA